CUGCUCAGUCUUGUGGGAGUUUAUCAUCAGUUUUACAAUCCUCAAACUCUAUCCUGAAAGAGCUGGACCUGAGUAACAAUGACCUGAAGCAUUCUGGAGUGAAGCGUCUUUGUGAUGGACUGAAAAGUCCAGACUGUCAGCUGGAGAUACUGAGGCUAUGUGGAUGUAAUCUCACUGCUCAGUCCUGUGAAAGUCUGUCUUCAGCUUUACAAUCCUCCAACUCAAACAUCCUGAGAGAGCUGGACCUGAGUAACAAUGACCUGCAGGAUUCUGGAGUGAAGCUUCUUUCUGAUGGACUGAAGAGUCCAAACUGUCAGCUGGAAAUACUGAGAUUGUCUGGCUGUAUGGUGACAGAGAAAGGCUGUCGUUAUGUGUUUUCAGCUCUGAGUUCAAACCCCUCACACCUGAGAGAGCUGGAUCUGAGCUACAAUCACCCAGGAGAUUCAGGAGUCAAACUACUCACUGAAAAACUAGUGGAUUCAACCUGCUCACUGCACAAACUCAAUGUGGAUCAUGGAGGAGAAUCCAGGAUUACAGCAGGACUGAACAAAUAUGCCUGUUUUCUCACACUGGAUCCAAACACAGCAAAUGAAUAUCUCAUUCUGUCUGAGGAGAACAGAAAGGUGACAUAUGUGGGAAAGAAACAGUGGUAUCCUGAUCAUCCAGACAAGUUUGAUGUUUAUCAGGUGUUGUGUAGAGAGAGUGUGUGUGGACGCUGUUACUGGGAGAUUGAGUGCAGUGGAGGUCGUGUGUCUAUAUCAGUGUCAUAUAAGAGCAUCAGCAGGAGGGGAUGGGGUGAUUUUUGUUUGUUUGGAUUUAAUGAUCAGUCGUGGAGUUUGAGCUGCUCUCACUACAGUUACUCAUUCAUACACAAUAAGAUAAAGACUGUUCUCACUGUGAAUCCCAUCAUCAGUAGAACAGGAGUGUCUGAUAUCUAUAGAAUAGGAGUGUAUGUGGAUGUGAGUGCAGGAACUCUGUCCUUCUACAACAUCUCCAGAAACACAAUGAGUCUCAUCCACACAGAACAGACCACAUUCACUCAGCCGCUCUAUCCUGGGUUUAGGGUUGGUUAUAAAUCAUCAGUAAAACUGUGUUGAUGAAUCAGAAUAGACUGAUGAAAUAUUGUACCCAUAAUGCUUUGAGCUGAUGAUGAAUCUGUAACAGUGAGAUGUUAUUGAGUCUCUUCAUGACAUUAAUACUGCAGCUCAACUUCUGAGUCGCGCUGACCUGCUCAACAGUCAAUAAAUGUGUCAGAAAUCCUCAUAUAGACAGAAACAUCAGUGUUUGUGUAUUUGUGAUUUUA